AUGGCUGAUAGCGAUAGCCAUACGGAGAAAGGUCUCUGUGAAGAGUCGUGUACUGGUGAAGUUAAUUUUGGAGAGGACAGAAAUGGUGAAAAGAAUGUACCUACCAUAAAGUUGGUAAACAGCGAACAUAGCACAAUGCUGAGACCGGUUAAUUCGAAUUCAGCGCCACUUCAUGUGGAAGAAGGAAAUUGCCAAUCAUCUGGGUCUUUGUUUAGGAAGCUGUCAACUAGUAAUGAUGAUGUGCGGAAGGUCAAAUCGCAUGUGCAGUUGUCUUCAACUGCGCAUGGUGUUAGAAUGUUGUCAAAGAACAUAUCAAAUACAAAGGUAACUAUUCAAGUUGAGCAUCUUAUGAUUGUGACGAAAAAGCAAGAUAGCUCUUUAGUAUAUUUGACUAGAGAAAUGGUUGAAUGGAUUCUUGUGCAGUUCCCUACAAUUUAUGUAUAUGUGGAUUCCAACCUAAAAUGUAACAAACGAUUUAACGAAAAGGAAUUAAUUAAAGAUAGCAAGUGUUCGAAAACCAAGUUGAAUUAUUGGGAUAACGAAUUUGUGAAGAAGCAUCCUGAUUUGUUUGAUUUAGUUAUCACACUUGGGGGUGAUGGUACGGUUCUAUACGUAUCAUCUAUCUUCCAGAAAGAUGUUCCACCAGUGAUGUCCUUCUCUCUUGGUUCGUUAGGUUUCUUGACGCUAUUUAGGUAUGAGAACUUCCGUGAGGAUCUCACAAGAGUAUUCCAGUCAAAGAUAAGGACGAAAAUGAGAAUGAGAUUGUGCUGCAGGGUAUAUUCUCGUAAGAAAACAGAUUCUGCUACCGAUAAGGAACACUUGAAGAACCAAAAUAAGUACGAAUUGACCGGGUCAUACCAUGUGCUUAAUGAAUUAACAAUUGACAGAGGGCACUGUACGUUCAUUUCGAUGUUGGAACUCUACGGUGACAACGCACUUUUGACCGUCGCACAAGCAGACGGACUGAUCAUUGCAACUCCAACCGGUUCAACUGCGUAUUCUCUCAGCGCGGGUGGUUCUUUAGUGUACCCAAAUGUAAACGCGAUUGCAGUAACCCCUAUAUGUCCUCACACCCUGAGUUUUAGGCCAAUCAUACUGCCAGAUAGUAUGACUCUAAAAGUCAAGGUGCCUAUAAGAUCUCGAUCCACCGCAUGGGCUGCCUUUGAUGGUAAGAAUAGAAUCGAAUUACAAAAGGGGGAUUACAUUUCUAUUGUGGCUAGUCCGUAUGCAUUCCCCACUUUAGAAUCAUCGCCAACAGAGUUCAUCGAUAGCAUCAGAAGAACCCUUAAUUGGAAUGCUAGAGAAGCUCAGAGCUCUUUUGUACAUAUGCUCUCAGGAAAGAAUCAAAUGAAGUAUGAAAGCGACAUAUAUGAAGGACAAUUUCAUAAUUCUGGUGAACCUACUGAAGAAUUACAAACCGAAGAUUCAGAGGAUUGUAGGCGGCAUCCCGAUAGUUAUGAUAAAAUAACCGGCUCUGAUAGUGAUCGUGAACACUAUGUUUCUUCUGAGGAGUGCAAAAACGCCUUUAUGGAAUGUUAA